GUAAAAUUGUUACAUACAGCUGGAUAUUUGUCCGCAAUUCAAUUGCCACAACCUGGAAACCAAACAAAUGUUGCAACUGGAACCACAAACCUCACGAUCACUGCAACAGUAACAACUAGUCCGUCUUCAUGUUCAUGGUCAGGAACAGGACUAGCUUCUACAGAAUUUUACUCUGCUACGUUUGGUUGUGAUACAAGCACCACUUCCACACACAAUAUUACAUGCACAGAUUCAGCAGGAGUCAUUAAUACGACUCUUACAUAUCUUACUGCAUUGACAAGCAACACCAACAUUUCCUUAAUUUGUGAUUUAAGUGUUCUUAACUCCUUGUCCAUGAUAAUUAAAGCAUGCCAACCAAACACUACAAGUGGUGUUAUUGCAACCGUCAGUUCUUCACCAUGUGGAUUUGGAUGCGCAGUUCAAUAUUCGUGUGAGCCUGGUCAUACUGGGAACAAUGUUACUGCAACAUGCCAGGAGGAUGCUACAUUUGAUAAUAACCCUGUCUGUGUUCCAAUCACAUGUUCAAAUUCUGAUCUUCUGUGCUCAAACCCUCAGUAUUGUUUUAAUGAAACUGGUUCAACUAAUGCUGGCGCCAAUGUUACAACCCAAUGCAAUACUGGUUAUAGUGGUUCUGUGUCUGCUACGUGUGGUAAUGAUGGUAGUUGGACAAUAACAGCUCAAUCUCCAUGUCCAGCUUUGUGCCCUGUGUCAGAUAUUACAUCCUCACCAGGAAGGUGUACAACUGCUACUGGUGAUAUAUUAGAAGGCCAAAGCAUAACUGUCACUUGUUGCGAUAGUUAUAAAGGAGCUAGCACAAUGGCUAUCUGUACUUCAGACAGAAGUUGGUCUAACCUUCCAACAUGUACAAAACCAGUUACUUGUUCAUUGUCAAAUUUGUCAUCUAUCUCAAACAAUGUUCUGCAGUCAAAUAAUUCCACUCUAAGUGUAAAUGAAACAAAGAUAAUCAGUUGUGCAGCAGAAUACUCUGGGAGUGGUGCAACAGCAUCUUGUAGUGAUAAUGGAACGUUAACUCUCACUGAUACAAAUUGCACCAAAACACCAACACCAGCUGAUACAACAGCAAUGACCACUGAUGAAAGUGUAACGAGCACCGCAAGCACCACAAGCACCAUUCGAAACGAUUCAAAUGGCGGUCCGACACCAUCAACAUUAAGUACAGGAGCAAUAAUUGGCAUUGUUAUUGGAUGCUUAGUUGCCGCUGCACUCAUCACAUUUGUCCUGAUUGCUAUCUUUUGUACGGAGAUCUGCUGUUGUACUUUUUCAAUACUUUGCUUGUCUUGGGGAACAAAAAAGCCAGAUCCAGAGCCAGAUAUAACCAUUCCAGAGUUGAAAAAGAAUACACAGCCGGACGGUCCUAAUGGCGAGGGUGUUGAACCUUGAAAAUUAUGCAAGAAGUUUGUUUAGUUUCAAAUUCGUAGCAGUUUCUUUGGUUUAUAAUUUUGAUUUGAAUAUUCUUCGCAUGUUCCAGGUUUUAAUUUUAUCUGUUUGUUUGUUCGUGUUUUAAAUUGUUUGUAUAAAUUGAGUCUUUAAGACAACUAUUUUAUUUUAAUUAAAGUUUGAGAAACAUAUUCAAUAUUCUGUGUAGCUCAGUUAACUUCUUAUGUACAUAUGGUUCAUUAAACAAUGUAAUUGUAUUAUUACUGAUUUUGUAUUUGUUCCUAGUAGAUGUUUGCAUGAUUUUAUUGUACUAGAAACACCAACAAUAGUAAAGCAUGUUAUAUAUUUAAAAUAAUAUAAACCCCCCAAAUAAUUAUAUUUAUAUUUACUGUACCUUGCACGCCUAUCUUUAUAAAUGUGUAAACAAGAAAAAAUUCAUCAAAUACCUUAAUAAUUAUGCAAAUUAACCUUGUUUCGUCACAUUUACAAUAAGUUUUUUUUUUAAAUUGUG